GCCAGCUGCCUGCCCGGGCACGAGGGUAGAGAGCUAUAGCUGCUGCGUACAGAUCACCAAGUGGGCAGGGUCAGUUCUGGAAGUGACCCCCUCUCUGGGAGACACACUAAGGAAACCAUCAGACUGGACAGGCUGGAGGAGGUUGCCAAGAAGCCAGGGCUCGGCAAGUGAGGCCUUGAAUGCCGAGUACAGCUGACCUCACAGGCCUACCCGUGACAACUCGGACUGGGAGUGACAGAACCGAGGCCUCGCUCACUGCCCGCUGCUUGGCUGGGACUGAAAAAUGAAAGGUCUUCGCUGGCAUUACACUCGGCUGCCCAGCCAGGCAGAGGACGGAGAAGGAGAGUCUGGGAAGGAGAGUGAAGAGGAAGAGGAAGAGGAAAAGGAGGAGGCAGCCCCAGCUCCUGAAGACCCCACGGAGCCCCAGCUGGCAGAAGCCAGCCGGGUUAUGGGAGACUCGGAGAUUAGGCAGCUCAGCCUCCACCUUCCCCCAAGAGUCACUGGACAUUCCUGGAGCCUGGCCUUCUGCACGUCAAGGGACGGCUUCAGUCUGCGCAGCCUGUACAGGCAGAUGGAGGGCCACAGUGGGCCGGUGCUACUGGUGCUGAGGGACCAGGACGGGCAGGGGCAAACUGCAAGCUCUUCUGCUUUCCAGAUGUUUGGGGCCUUCUCCUCCUCGGCUCUUCGACUCAGCAAAGGCUUCUAUGGUACUGGCGAGACAUUCCUCUUCUCCUUCUCACCACAGCUGAAGCUUUGGAAGAAGGGAACCUCAGAGGGUUUUGGUCUAUUCCUAGAACAGAGGCGCUUUGGGGCUGUGGGAAUUCAGACAGGAGGGAAAAAGCAGGUGAACGCCAGAGAGACUGGAAAGAAAUCUCAGGCGCCAGGAGCUCCAGUACCUCCUUGUGGCUUAGCCGGGGACCUGGAUGCGCAUCUCCCUCCACAACACUGCCACCCAGUGGUGCAGAGUCAAACUGCAAGGGCAGGACUCACCAACCCGAGCCCUUUCCUGUCACCGCAGGUCUUUAAGUGGACAGGAAGCAACUCUUUCUUCGUGAAAGGAGACUUGGAUUUACUGAUGAUGGGCAGUGGCAGUGGCCAGUUUGGGCUGUGGCUGGAUGGAGACUUGUAUCAUGGGGGAAGCCACCCCUGUGCGACCUUCAACAAUGAGGUGCUGGCCCGGCAGGAGCAGUUCUGCAUCAGGGAGCUGGAGGCCUGGGUUCUGAGCUGAUGCCCCCAUGGCGGGCAGCUUCCUGAGGCAACAGGUGACCUGCUCAUGGACGCCAUCUGGGCCUCCCUUACACAGGGCAGACCAUUCUGUCCGAAACACAGGUGCAAAGUGUCCUCGUGCUGACUGUGGCUGUGAGGCAGCCUCCCCGUGGCCUAGGGACCCAAGACAGGCAUGGGGGCAGAAAGUGUUCCCCUGGAGAGGUGACUAAAGGAGUGAAAGAUAUUUACACCUGAUCGGAGCAGUGCAGAGACCCUCAUGAAAAUGAUCUGUUUAGAAAUUAUACAACUAAUACGUGUGUAUUGUAGAAAAAAAAAAGCCAGUAAAAACUUUAAACUGCCUAAAAUUCAACCACCCCCCCAAAACACUAACAUUUUCAUGUAUAUCCUUCCAGACGGUUUUCCAUGGGAACAUGUAUGUAUGUCUUAUAAAAAUGGGAUUCUACUCUGUAUAUUUUGGAAAUGAUUUUAACUGAAAGAAUAUUGUCAAACCACAGACAUCUGGGCUCAACCAGUGAAACUCAUACAGACUCUAGUAGUAUCAUUCUUUUUCCAGAAACUGAGGGCUUUCUGUCUGCCACCAGUGUGCCGGGUGCUUGCAAUCUCUAAUUUCACGAGGAAGACAUGAACGCAGCAAAUGAACAGUGUGCAUAUUUGAUAAAGAAGCUGAAAUUCUGUAGGUGGGAACAUCAGGGAGGUUAAAGGAGACAGAGGGUAUGUUUUCUGGCACAACAAGAGCUCAGAACACUAGGAAAAAUCCAUAUCCCUUCUCAUGCUAGUGCCUACCUUCAACCAGGAGGAAGAUUCUUUAUUAUGCUAUUAUUUGCCAUGAUUGGAUAAAGAAAAUCAAAUAACACAGGCCCUGUUCAAUACCAUCCCUUUCUCACAGACCCAACAGACCUGAGGUACUAAGACCUAUCUGGGUAGAUGCCUAAACCCAUUUCCUUUGCACAAAAGGGUCAAAACUGGGUACACAGGGAUGAGAGAGUCAUUAAGGAAGACACGUUUGGUUUCAGGAUGGAGAUACAUUCAGGAAGUUUUAUUGCAACAGUUCCCCUCACCCAAAUGAAGUAGCCAGUCAUUUAAAACUACAAUUCUAUUUACAUUCUCAAGGUGAUAACAUUCAGUAACUCCAGAGGCUAAGCUGAUAAACUUUCCACGUUAAGACAAACAGUGCAGAUGUUUCUUAAGAUAAAUCUAACCUUGUAAAUAGCAUAUGGUGCUCAUAAUUAAAACAGUUGUAAAAAGCAUAAAGUGCAGCUGCGUUAUUUUGCAAACGAAAUAGAUUCAAGUCGUUUCUCAGAUAGCACAAUGAUACAAUUUUGGGGCUACAAGAUUCCAAAGGAAACCACAGUGAUUUACAGGGAGGAGUUGCAGAAAUAAAAAACAAUCUUAGCAGAAAAACAUUACAUUCUUGACCUUGGGUCUGGGUACACAAAAGUCUGAGGCCUAUAGUUCUCCCUACUGAAAGGUUUAGAGGCACCUUGGCCAAAAUACAUGAGCUAGUACCACGGCUGCCUUCACCUGAGCUUGUCUGCGCCCACAGGUGAACACAUCCCGUCUUCACGGCGUCACAGUGUGAGGGAAGGGUUUUAACUAUUUUCCUGUGAAUUAGGGUCAACUCUUGAUUAUCUACUGAGGGAUGGAGAAGCAGGGUGGUGACAGUACAGAAUGGCAGGCACUCCAAAUGCUUUUCACCCAAGUGUCAACAAAACAAAAACCUGGUCACACGGUGGGAGGUUAGGUAGCACUCCUGAGUCUGCACAAUCUGCUGGCCUGGGGCCUGAGUUCCUCCCUUCCUCCACUCACUCUUGCCCAGAGCCUGGGCUGGCGCCCCACUCCCAACUGCCACAGGGAGUGUCAAAGCGGAAGAGAUUAGGGGCUCCAGACUCCCAUUCCUCACUGCCUUGCGUCUUCAGGACCCCCUGGCCCCCACUGGCUUGGGCUCUAACUAACUCCAGACUUUGCUCUUGGUGAAUUUCUGCAGAACUGGGGAUGUGGGGAAAGGGGGCCCUCGGCACAGGAGCACUGCUCAACCACAGUGACACCCACUCCACUGCUGGAGGUGUGGAACGCCCCUUUACAAAGGGGAGCCUGGAACUCACUGGGUAAUCACACAUCUCAUCCUCUUUGCUCUGAAACCGUAAAAUGCAGGACCAGCACCAAGUCCCAGCUCUGAGUAGUCCUGAAGACAGGGCUUGCCUCUGCUCGCUCCUAAGGGAGACGCAGGCAGCAGGUCAGAGGCUGGGCAGUGGUAACACCUUUGGCACUUGGGCAGUGAGUAUUCAGGAAAGAAACUUUCCGGUGCUGGAGCCACAACUGACCUAGAGAACAGCCUGGUCUAGGGGAUCCCUCUGCCACUGGGGGUAGGGGUCUCCUAAAAGGUAAUUUUAUGCCCCCCCUUCAGAGGAGGCCAGAGCCCUCAGAUCUUUUGAAUAAAUUAAUCAGGUCUCUCACCAAAGAGUUGGAACCCACUCCUGGUUCUCAUCUCCUACUGUUUACCCCAAAAGGGUGAGGAGACGGUGUCUUUCCCUAACAUUUAGGUCACUUAAGGAGAGUAGUCUUCAAAUUCGGGGUGAUGGGCACCUCCUCGGGGGGCUAGGAUUUUAUGUUUUGUUUUUAACCAUGGCUGUUCAUGACAACCCAACUUCAAAUUCCAAUCUGCACCCUUGUCUUAUUUCCAAUUUUCUCUCUAAAAAAACAAUCACAUGUCAUAAAAGUUCAGAGUAUAUAAAAGAAUUGUUUUCCUAAGAAAAUAAGAGUACUAAAAGAGUAAGUCUUUAAUUAACAUUAAAAAUAGGCAAGGUGAUACUUCUCAUAGCAUGGAUAGCAAGAUUUGCUUAACAUCUUUUUGUUUGAAUAAAAAUUGCUUAGCUUCAGCAUUUGUGCACAUUCAAAAUAUAAAAUAAAAAGUACUAGUUGUCACUAAAUUUGCCAGUUUCUGUGAUUAAAUUAUCUCAAUUAAUCGUGUUGGGGUGAGGGAUUUCUGUAAACAAAUGAUUGCAGACAUUCACAUUAAACAUCUUUAAAAAGCUGUUUUUUGCUCGCUGGAUUCUGGUCUGAAUUCUGGUUAUGCCACUCGUAUUUCAGCGGUGUUACAACAUCGCAAUCCUGUCAAGGAGAAAAAAACUAGGAACAGAGAAAAGCCGGUUUUCAUCAUUUCAGUGCAAGUUUCAGGUACACAUAAUCUUGUGUUACUUGUUGCUUGCUUCUAGAAAUACUUAUUCUUGGGAAACCUCAAAUUAUAUAUACGUAGGCUCUGUGCGUGGGUCAAAUCAGAAACACCACAGCCCUAGUCAGGUAAGAGCCUCACAAUAAAAGCCUAUUCUUUUUCACAAUAAAAGCCAGACCUAGUCCUUUUGUUCAAAGAUGGUCAGAGCAGCAUAUUGCCCGCUCCUACGACCCUCUGCCUUCAUACAAUUCCAAGGAACACACACUCUGUCCUGCUUGCCCGAGAGAAAGAGGGACUUCCUUGGACCCCUGUUCCUCCCUUGCCUGGUCCCCUCUGCAACACAGUUCCCUGGUCUACAAGAAGGCAAAAAAAAAAAAAAAAAAAAA